AUGGCUCCUAGUCGCCAGAAUGGCGUUGAUGCCGACGCGUCAAUGCCUGACGCACCAGAUCAUCACAACGCCUCUGAAAUGCUAGCAGCGUCGUCGGCGAACCGACUGCAGAUGGCCGUAAGCGAGGACGACACCAUUCGCCGAUUCCGAUACCUACUCGGCUUGACAGAUCUAUUCCGCCAUUUUAUCGAGACUAACCCCGACCCGAAGAUUCGCGAGAUCAUGGUUGAAAUCGAUCGCCAAAAUUCAGAACAUGACAGCCAGAAGGCUGGUGCGCGUCGCCAGGGUGGCGCUACCAACGGCCGCACCAUGAGAGAUUACCAGGUCGCGGGCCUAAACUGGCUUAUCUCACUCCAUGAAAAUGGUAUAUCCGGCAUCCUUGCCGACGAGAUGGGACUCGGCAAAACCCUCCAAACCAUUUCGUUCCUCGGUUACUUGCGCCAUAUGAUGGGGAUCACCGGACCGCACCUUGUCUUAGUACCAAAGUCAACGCUAGAUAACUGGAAGCGAGAAUUCGCGAGAUGGACGCCUGAAGUAAACGUCCUGGUCCUACAAGGCGCAAAGGAAGAGCGUCACCAACUCAUCAACGACCGCUUGAUCGAUGAGGAUUUUGAUGUCUGUGUUACAAGUUACGAGAUGGUUCUUCGGGAAAAGUCGCAUUUGAAAAAGUUUGCUUGGCAGUACAUCAUCAUUGAUGAGGUAGGACUAGUCACGGCGCAUCGUAUCAAGAACGAAGAAUCUUCGCUUUCUCAAGUUAUUCGUCUUUUCCAGUCCCGAAACCGACUUCUAAUCACCGGAACGCCGCUACAGAACAAUCUGCACGAGCUUUGGGCCCUACUCAAUUUCCUUCUUCCUGAUGUCUUUGGUGAUUCCGAGGCAUUUGACAACUGGUUCAGCGGCCAGGACCGUGACCAGGACACCGUCGUCCAACAGCUGCAUCGCGUCCUCCGUCCCUUCCUCCUACGCCGUGUGAAGAGUGAUGUCGAGAAGAGCCUUCUUCCCAAGAAGGAGGUCAACCUCUAUAUCGGCAUGUCUGAAAUGCAAGUUAAAUGGUACCAAAAGAUUCUCGAAAAGGAUAUCGAUGCUGUCAACGGCGCGGGUGGCAAGCGGGAAUCCAAAACGCGACUUCUAAACAUUGUGAUGCAACUGAGGAAAUGCUGCAACCAUCCUUACCUCUUCGAGGGUGCUGAGCCUGGCCCGCCAUACACCACCGAUGAGCAUCUAGUCCACAACGCUGGCAAAAUGGUGGUUCUCGACAAACUUCUAGGCAGGCUGCAAAAGGCGGGAAGCCGCGUUUUGAUUUUCUCCCAGAUGAGCCGCCUGCUUGACAUCUUGGAAGACUAUUGUGUUUUCCGCGAGUACAAGUACUGCCGAAUUGAUGGCGGCACUGCCCACGAGGAUCGAAUUGCGGCGAUUGACGAAUACAACAAACCUGGGUCGGAAAAGUUUGUGUUCCUCUUGACGACCCGCGCCGGCGGUCUCGGCAUCAACCUGACCACUGCCGACAUUGUAAUUCUUUACGACAGCGACUGGAAUCCUCAGGCUGAUCUUCAAGCCAUGGAUCGCGCCCACCGUAUCGGCCAAACGAAGCAAGUGGUAGUUUACCGCUUUGUGACUGACAACGCUAUCGAAGAAAAGGUUCUCGAGCGAGCAGCCCAAAAACUGAGGUUGGAUCAACUCGUUAUCCAGCAAGGUCGGGCCCAGAUUGCCGCCAAGGCCGCCGCAAACAAGGACGAGCUGCUAUCCAUGAUCCAGCACGGAGCACAAAAUGUCUUUUCCACAAAGGGGCUACCGGCUUGA